ACAGCGAUGAAGCUCCACACCGCAGCAGUCCUGCUCCUCUUCUGGCUUGGUGUCUUCACUGCGCACACAGUCAAAGGGAGUGCUACCAGUCAAUCCAUGCGCAAAUUCAGGUGCGUAGAUCUGUCUACAAAGCAGUUGAACAUCCGAAAUCUUGUGAGCUAUGAAAAGCAACAAGUACCAACAGAUGCCAUCAUGUUCAUCACUGCAGGAGGUAUCAAGAUCUGUGUAAGCCCUAAUCAGAAAUGGGUUCAGGCUGCUAUAAAGAGAAUAAAUGAAAGACGUGCUGCCAAACGCAAAUAAUCCAAGCAUCUAAGGCCAACCAGCUGGAAUCAUCAUCAGUGCUGCAUGAAACAACAAAGAAAUCCUUACUAUCUGCUUUUAUUUCCUAUUUAUUAAGUGGCAAUAAAAUCU